GGGUGGAGGGCCACAGCCUCGGGAGGUGCUCCCACGCCAAACAAAAAUGAGGAAACAGUGAUCAACUUGUCGGACACAGAACUCUCUCCAGAAUGCACCAGUCUACUCGCUAAAGGUCUAUCAUAUGCUCCAACACACCAAGCCAACCCGUUCCAGAUGAAAGUGGAUCUAUAUCGUUUCUACCGCAACUUACACCUCAAGGCAUGGUACCACAACCAGCCCUCUGCGACGGCCAACGCGGUGCUGGAGUCUCCAAACGCACAGGACAAGCUGUACAGGCAGGUCAUGGGAACAGCAAUGGGCGCUGCAUAUGCUCCAAACUACGCAGGCCUCUAUCUGGGACUAUGGGAGGAACGCUUAAAGACUUCCAUUUGUACCUGAACAGCAUCAACCACAACAUAAAACUCAGCCUGGAGUUCAGUACUACUUCAAUCAACUUUCUUGACCUGAACAUCUAUGUGGACUCGGACGGGACUCUUCAUACCACCAUCUACAGGAAACCUACCGAUAGGAACACCAUCCUCAGGGCCGACAGCUUUCACCCUAACAGUUUAAUCUCAAACAUCCCAUACGGACAAUUUCAGAGACUUAGACGAAUUUGCGACUCUGACACUGACUUUGAAACUCAAUCUGCUGAGAUGUAUGAAAGAUUUAAACAAAGGGGUUACAAGGACAGAACUCUGAAUAGUGCAUUGUCUAAAUCUAGAUUAACAGAACGAACAAACCUUUUCAAACCCAAGCCCAGAAGACCUGUGAGUAACAGAAUUUUUUGCUCUCUACAAUACACUAACCAAACCAACAGUAUCAAACAAAUCAUCAAAAACAACUGGGACAUUCUACGGAGUGACACCACUCUUGCCCCUGUCUUCUCUGAGCCUCCGCAAUUUGCUGUGAAAAGGGCCCCCACUCUCAAGGAUAAGUUGGUCAAAAACUACAUUCCGGCCACCAAACCCAAAACUUUCCUUGUGAAACCCAUAGGCACCUUUCAAUGCGGAGCCUGUAGACACUGCCCACACAUUAACAAGUCUACUACAUUCACAAAUGCUAUGGGUACAAGAUCCUUUCAUUGCAAGCAUUUUGCCAAUUGUAACUCCACCCAUGUGGUGUACCGUUUGGACUGCAAAUGUGGUUGCUUUUACAUUGGCCUCACAAAAAGGAGACUGAGGGACAGGUUUGGGGAGCAUAAGUAUGCAAUAAAAACUAAGAACAUGAACUACCCCAUUGCUAAACACUUUCAGUCCUCCACACAGUGUAACCCCACUGACCUUAAGGUGAUGGUCAUUGAAGUAAUUCAGAAAAACAUUAGGGGUGGAGAUAGACUGAGGACACUGGCCCAAAGAGAAUCCUUCUGGAUUGACAUGUUACAGGCGUUGUCUUUCCCGGGACUCAACGAGGAGCUGGAUUUUUCUGUGUUCUUGUAAAUAAUGAAAAAAACUGUAAAUUCUGAACUGUACCCCUGUUGAAGCCCUGUGCUGUUCUCCUGAUGUAUGAUUGGCACUCCUGCCCUAGGUAUCCCUAUGUAGUUGUUUGACAGUGUCUAUGU